AUGGCAUUUGUAAAGCAAUUGACCCACAUGAAGAGAAUCCUACAAAAUUUUCAAACACUCAAGAGAGAUAAGACAUUCAGAGUGUUCCCAUUAAUCAUCAGCGACAGGAGAGCACUGGAAACUGAGAAACUGUCAUUAGACCAAACACAUGCCAUAAAGCAAACAGAAGACAUGAAAAGAAAAAUAGAAUGUGAAAUGUGA